UGCCUGCGUUCCAGCAUGUCUGCGCCCAGCGUUGUCCCCGUGUCCUGUGUUUAUUGAUAGAGCGGGCAUAGUGACAUUUUGACAGCUGUAUACCAUUCUUCGUACUCAUGUCGGUUCUUAAACGGAGCAAGAGUAUCUUACACGCUGUUCGUUGUGCUGCAACAAGUGCAGGUUUUAAACCAUCACCAGCUAUUCAAGAAGACACAGAAGAAAAUGAAAUUAUUAGCCCAAAUUUUAUUAAUCGAAACCCCCGCAAUCUGGAGCGAAUGGCACUAGCACUUAAAGAUCGCGGAUGGGGAACAGUGUGGCCAACACGACAGUACUGGCAUAGGUUGAGACUUGAACGAACACAGCACCACGUAACAGCCUUUGUAGAACAUUGUAGUGGAAAUGUGGUGGUCUCUGCGUCCACCCGUGAGUGGGCGGUGAAGAAACACCUGUACAGCACAAAGGAUGUCAUGGCCUGUGAAAAUAUAGGACGUGUUUUAGCUCAGCGCUGUCUUGAAGCUGGGAUUAGCUACAUGGUGUAUUCAGAAAUCCCCUGGGUAUUUAAAUCUGAAUCAGUGCAGCGGUUUCGAAAUGCAAUGAAGGAAGGUGGUGUGGUGUUAAAUGAACCGCGCCGCAUUUAUGAAUGAUCUGAUAUGUUAGCGCUUUUGCAACAACACACAUUCAUUACCAAAUUCCAAGAAGUUUGGAAACAGUCAACUUAUUCUUUGGUCCACCGAUACCUCAUUGCAGCGGAAUGGUUCCAUUUCAGCUCUUCAAGCCCUGCAAUAUUUAGAGGAGAAACCAACUUUUGUUUCCAUAAAGAUGGGCAUCCUAUCCUAAUGUUUUAAAAUCCCUUUAAAAUGAAUCUGGAACCACUGCUAGUCCACACAGAAAAUACCAUAAAUCACAAGUUAAAAAUGUAUUCCUACAAAGAGUGAAUUAUUUCCAACUUGCUCUGGAGAAUUGUAUGAUAAAGUACUAUUUUGUUUUCUGCUGAAAGUGAUAAAUCAUCUGUAUGUUUUUGUCUCCGUGAAUUUCCAACUUUUUUCUGUUUAAACAAUGUGUUCAAUUUACAUUACAAAAUCAGUUGUGGCACAUUUUUAAUGUGAGCUGAUCGUAUCUUUCUGAUUUACUGUUAUGUAUACGGUCAUACACAGAGCUUUCUGAGUUUGUUUAGAGUAUUGGUAACAAUUUAUCAAGUAGGUUUGGUUUUGCUUUGUUUUUCUCCAUUUUGACACCUAAAGUUCUUGAUUUUUCCACACUGCUUGUAAAAACAACCAUAAAAAUAUUGCCUGGAAUAUUUGGAUAUUUAGAAGAAAUUAUUUAAACUUCCAAUUGUUUUUAUAUUGCAUACAUCUUGCACCUGGAUAAUUCUCUGGUUUUCAGAGAAUAAAAGAAGGCUGGUAAUGAGCUGACAUUCUAACCAAA